AUGGACAGCCUAGAAAUGCUAGAUCCAAUCUCAUCAUCAUCAAUGACCACUCUCACCCCAAUGUCAGAAACCCCAUCGCACAUGCAUUCCUACGGCAUGAACCACGUCAUGAACCAUCACCAUCACGGAGGACCAUUGUCAGGACACAGUGCUCCCGGUCACCAUCCGGGACACCACGGAGGACAUCCUGGCGCACACCACCCCGCCAUGGCUGCGGCGGCUGCCGCUGCUGCCGUUGCUGGGUUACAUCCCGAUGCGGAUACGGAUCCAAGAGAAUUGGAAGCAUUCGCCGAAAGGUUCAAGCAAAGGCGGAUCAAGCUGGGUGUUACGCAGGCAGAUGUAGGCAAAGCGUUGGCCAACCUAAAACUACCAGGUGUUGGUGCGCUCUCGCAGUCGACGAUCUGCAGGUUCGAAUCCCUCACGCUUUCCCACAACAACAUGAUCGCCCUCAAGCCCAUCCUCCAAGCCUGGCUGGAAGAAGCCGAAGCGCAGGCCAAGAACAAACGAAGAGACCCGGACGCGCCUAGCGUACUCCCGGCGGGCGAGAAAAAGCGCAAAAGGACUUCAAUAGCGGCGCCGGAAAAGCGCAGCCUCGAAGCGUAUUUCGCCGUUCAACCGCGACCGUCGGGCGAAAAAAUUGCCGCCAUCGCCGAAAAACUGGACCUCAAAAAGAACGUGGUACGCGUCUGGUUCUGCAACCAAAGGCAAAAGCAGAAGCGCAUGAAGUUCGCCGCGCAACACUGA